AUGUAUCUCACUAUACCUGGCAUCUACGCGAGAACGCGAGUAUUAUGCCACCAGACGUCGGCAGGAGCUGCGGGUCCCGGAAUGACAGUCUUUCCUCGCGCUGAGCUGUUGAAUCAGACGUCACACCACAAUGACAAAUCGAGGAGGCACUCGCUUGUCGGCUUGGCGGACCUGUUUGGCAGGCAUCCGGAGCAGCUACGCCUCCAUGCCUCGCAGGUAAUGGGCACGCUGGCGGAGCGCAUCGUCGAUGGCGACAGCAGCGUCCGAUCAGCACUGCGGGAGCUACUCCACGGCAGCGUGCUGCCUCUGCUGGGCCAGGACGCAUUGCGUCCCUUCAUGCCCGUCGUCAUGGCGCACAUCUGCGGCGCCAUGACGCACCUGAGUUUGGACAUCCGCAACGACGCGUUGCUCUUCCUGGACGUGAUGAUGGACCACGUACCCCAGCUGGUGGUGAAGGGCUUCUUGCCGCCCUGUCUGGCGCACUUCUGUGACAUCUUCUCGGCAGCGCACAGAGGUCGGAGCAUCCGAGCGCAGUCCCUGGCGGCGCUGAGUAAACUGCUGACGGCACUCACGAACUUCUUGAAGCGCGCAUUUCCAGAUGAGGACUCGCCCGGUGCGGCGGCGGCGCCGCCGGUUGGCGCCGCCGUGGAUGCGCCGACGGCUGGGCCAGGUCCCAGCAGUGUACGGCAGCAGCAGCUGCGGGCUCAGACGCGGUCAUUGGCUGCUCGUCCUGGUGCGCCGCUAGGGGCUGACCGCCUGCGGCGGCCGCAACGGUCGGCAUACGAACUUCUACGGCAGUUGGACGAGCUAUUUCAUGCAGCCGCCGCAGCGACCCGGGCGGGGCGGAAACGUGGCAAACCCGGCGGCGGCGACGCCGCAACCGGCGGCACCGUAGAUAAAGGCCGGCACAAGAAGGGCCGUGGCAGCGUCAGUACAACAGAAACAGCCGCCGCUGUUGCCAGCGGCGGCAAGGGCGUCGCAGCGGCCGCGGCGGCGCUGGCGGCAGUGACGUCCCCGGCGGCCGCAACGGCCGCGGGAGUGGAACUCUCCUCUGCCUCAGGAUCCGCGGCCGCCGGGGUGCUUGGCGCGCCCACGGCGAUGGCGGCGGCUCUGGCGGCAGCCUCCGACGCGCGCGCCAGCGCCCUGCGGCUGGUGUCCCUGCUCAUGGAUCCCUGCUGGCUGGAAUGCAACCCCGCGCAGCUGGCCACGUCCCCGGAGCUUGACCAGGCAACUGCACUGGCCAUGAUUGUGGCUGCAUGCAACAGUCUCAUCCAGCGGUUGCUACUCCCACCGCAGCCGCACGACCAGCAGGUUGGCGGUGGUGAUGGAUUGAGCUGGACGGGGACCUACCCACCUUUGCCCCGCCAGCGGCAGCAGCAGCAGCAGCGGCAGGGUGUGUGGCAGGGGCAGGGACCUCCCCUCUUGGGGGAGCAGCGGCUGGCGCUGACGCAGCAGCUCCACGACGUGGCGGCGCGGCGUGUGGCGGCGCACUUCCCUGCCGUACUGCCGCCGGUGAAGCCGCCGGCGGCAGUGACGGAGGCGCUCGUACGGCUGAACCUGCAGAGCGCUGAGCUAUUGGGCCGCUUUCUGCCUCUGCUGGCGCACUCUCGGCACGGCGUUGGACAGCCGCAGCAGAUUUCCGGAGCUACCGCGGCGGCGGCGGGAAACGGCAGUGGCGGCGGCGUGGCGGCGACGGCGCUGCCCUGGGUGCCGGCGCUUGUAUCGUACUAUGCAGGCGCCCUAGAGCAGGGGGUGCUGCUGCCGGCAGCGGCGGGGACGUUGUCCGAUGCUAGCGGGGCCGGCGCGGCGGCGGGGCAGAGCCUGUCGGCGGCCACCGCUGACGUGGUGCUGACGGCGGUGUCGGCGGCGCUGGGGCAGUUGGACGACGCCGCGGCGGCCCGGCUAAUGUCGGCGGUGUCGCAGUUUGCUGCUCGGCAGCCUCCGCGGUCGGGUGCCCGCCUGGCGUGUAUUCGCAUCCAGCAUUCGUUGCUGCUAGCUGCGGUGGCGGGUCGUCUCUUCCUGGCGGAGGGAGUGGUGAGUGGUUGGCUGGAGCCGCUGCCCAAGCUGCUGUGGGAGGUCGGUGGGGGCUCCGCAGAGGUGUCGUACGCCGCGCUGGCGCUGCUGCUGGACGCGGCGCGGUUUGCGAUACCUGGCUCCCCCAUGUGCCAGUUCCUGUCCUCCCAGCUGCAACCCCAGCUGGCGCCGCUGCUCGCGGUGCAGCUGCCGGCCAAGGCGGCGAAGGCGGCGGCGGCCAAGCUCGCCGCAGCUGCGUCAGCGGAGGUGCCCAUUGUGGGGGCAGGUGGUGCUGCUGGUGAGGUGCUGGUGGUGCUUCCCGGAGCGCUAUCCAAGCUGCCUGAGCAGGUGGCCGAGCUGGGGGUGGACCUCAUCUACCACACGGGUGCUCUGGGUGGGCCCCUGCUCAAGCCCCUGGCCGCCGCCCUGUCCUCCACCGCCCUAUCGCCCUCCCUGGCGCGGAGACUGCUGGACGUCGUCCUAGUUCGACUGAGGGACGCACCCGACCCGGCCCUGGCAGCCAGCUGGCUGCUGACGCUGCUGUUCGGACCCCAGCACGGCCUGAGGGUGAUAUCGCCUGAGGGCACUGACUUGACGGCCAGCUGGGCCCGGCAGCGCGCGCUGGUGGACGCGGCGGUGAUGGGCUUGGGGCAGCUAGGCGGCGCUGCGCCGUUGCUGUUGGUGCUGGCGCCGCAGCUGGCGGCGCUGCCGCUGGCACAGGCGACGUCAGCGGGCGCGCGAGGCGCGCGGCUGCAGCGCUACAGCCUAAUUAGGCUGUGUGCCGCCGCGGUGGGAGAGCCCGGGGGAGAUAAGCUGCCACCGGCGGGGCCGCUGGCGGAGGCGCUGCCGGCGGCAGCGGCGCUCUGUGGCAUUGAGGCUGGCGCCGCGGCGGCGUCAGGGGAGCCGGACGGCGCUAUGGCUAUACUGCCGUACAGGUCAACGUUUGGACCCGUAGUGCAACUGCUGACGGAGCGCCCGGUGCUAGCUACGGCAGUUGUACGGCACUUAGCUGCGCUGCUGCGCAGCAUGGCGGGGUCGGAGGCUGUGGCCCCGGCUACGACGGUUGGCUGUUUGCCGCUCCACACGGCCGCCCUUGCGGCGCUGCAGUUGGCUCAGGCGGUGGUGAAGCUGCAGCCCGUGCGUACGGCACUGGCUGCGGCGGGUUCGGAGCGGGAGGGAUUACUAGGGGCGGUUGAGGAGCUUGGAGCGGCGGUGCGCAACCUGCCUGUGGCAGCCGCGGGGUCGGGGCCCGUGUGCCCUCUUGUGGUAGUGCAACCUCCCCGCACCGGGGAAUGGAAUGAGGGCUGUAAACUUGCGGCGGAGGCGGUGAAGAAGCUCGCUGUGGGAACACAUCGCGCAUGGUGCAAUAUCAUGGUAGGCGCCGCCGAGCAAGCACUUGCAGGCAAAUGGGCUAAAGUCUGA